UCCAUGGAAGAAGAAGCAUCAAACACACCCAAGCUUCCUCUUCAUGGAAGGGUGGCAAUUGUAACAGGCGCCUCUCGCGGCAUCGGCCGGGAAAUCGCUCUCCACCUCGCUUCCCUCGGAGCUAAUCUUGUCCUCAAUUACAAUUCCUCUUCCACCCAAGCUGACCUCCUUGCCAAUGAGAUCAUCAACUCAUCCUCUGAUUCUCAAGCAAUCACAGUUCAGGCUGAUGUAUCUGAUCCAUUGCAAGUAAAGAAACUCUUUGAUGAGGCAGAGAAGGCUUUCAACACAAAUCCCCACAUCUUAGUCACCUCAGCUGGGGUAUUAAACCCCCAAUUUCCAACUAUAGCCAAUACUACAGUAGAAGAUUGGGACACAAUAUUUAAUAUCAAUACAAGAGGUACCUUCUUAUGUUGUCAAGAAGCGGCUAAUCGAUUGACACGCGGCGGAGGCGGACGGAUUAUAACGGUAUCAUCAUCGGUGGUUGGUCGGAAUCCGCCGGGAUUUGCUGCUUAUGCUGCUUCAAAGGCUGCGGUGGACACUAUGACUAGGAUUUUGGCUAAGGAAUUAAAGGGUACAACAAUAACUGCUAAUUCUGUGGCACCGGGGCCUACAGCUACAGAUAUGUUUUUGGUUGGAAGAAGUGAGGAGGAAGUUAAAGGGGCAGUUGAGGGAACCCCAUUGGGAAGAAUUGGGGAGACCAAGGAUAUAGCCCCUUUGGUUGGUUUCUUGGCUUCUGAUGCUGGUGAGUGGAUCAAUGGUCAAGUCAUUCGGAUCAAUGGUGGAUUUGUUGUUUGACUCUCUCUCUCUCUCUCUC